UCUUCUUUUGUAUCGUACGAUACAUUUCGGUUUUCCUUUUUUGUCAUUGAUUCUUAUUCAGAUGACGUCGUUAAUAUGGACGAUUUUCCUGAUGGGAAUUGUUGGCUCCGUAGAGCAAUUAAGUUUCAGAAGUAUUCUGAUUGAACGAGCCUGUGAAAAACGACCUGAGCUCGAUUUCUGCGGUGGAAGUGCAUCUGCAUCGGGAACACCGGUCCAAGUUGCAAGUUCAGUUGUUCCUCUGAUCCUUCCACCAAUGACAACACUUCCACCAUCCACAACGACCUCUACAACUGCUGAACCAACCACUACAACUCCGUUAAAAUCUUCAACUGAUUCAGUUGACUUUGACGAAGAAUCUGAAGGAAACUCUACAGCUUCUACUGAGCAUGAAAAGCUCGGCAGCCUGGUGAAACUUCCAAAACCAGAGAGAUCCAGUACUGAUAAAGUAGUAGAUCAAGUAAUCGAGCAUAGUGGUCCGGCUUCUUCGUCAGAGGAAACGAAGAAUUCAACAGUUCCAGAAGUAAAAAUUGAGGAUGAAAAGGGUGUGUUAGUGUUUGUCAGUGAGUACUGUGUCAUUGAAAGAGAACGAUUUGUGAAAGGAUGUCAUGGAGAUAUUGAUAAGAAAGAGGAAACAUUCUGCAAGACGUACGUCUCAGCAUGUGCUUCUACAACAGGUGUUCUCCCUGUUAUGACAUAUUGUGCUCGCUACUACACAUAUUAUCCAACACACUGUAAAGCUCAACUUGUCGAUCCAAAAGCCUUGCAAUUCUGUUUCGCAUUUGAGCAGUUUUGUUUGCCUGAGAAAACUGCUGCACAGUCACCAAAGAAUCCAAAAUCAUCUCUCCGAAAAUGCGAAGAUGUUCUGCCAGAAGCUCGAAAAGUGUGUAAUCCAUUCCCAAAUCCAAAAGACACUUUCAACUUGCUUCGAUGCACUCAUUUCUUGACAAAUUGUAAGAAAUUUGUUGAUUGGUUGUAACUUAUUACGAUUUUGUAAAUAUUUCCAUUUAUUUGUUUAAUUUAAUAUUGUUCUUUCAUAAAUUAAUAAAAAGUAAUUUUUGAG